AUGGACAGAUCUAACAAACCCUCCGCCAUUGGGGUCGGCGCAUCGCUUCCCCAGCCUACCGUCUCUCUCCGCGAGAACAAGGUUGAAGCCACCUUGCCAACCGGCGAAUCCGUCACGGUUCACCUGUUCGGUGCCACGGUCACAUCCUGGAAGCUCGCCAAUGGACGGGAGCAAUUGUUCGUGAGCGAAAAGGCUCGUCUGGAUGGUUCCAAGCCUAUCCGCGGUGGAAUUCCAGUUGUCUUCCCUGUUUUCGGCACCUCGCAGAAUCAUGCUACAUCCUCAUUGCCGCAGCACGGCUUCGCCCGGAAUUCGAACUGGGAGUUUCUCGGCAAGUCCUCUUCGGAAUCCCUGGGCAAGGACCGGAAAGAGGGGGAUGACUCUGUCAAGCUCGACUUUGGACUGUCGCAUACAUUGCUUAGCGAGGACUUCCGCAAGGCGUGGCCACACGAGUUUGCGCUCGUGUACAGCGUCACCCUGAGCAAGGAAGGAUUGAGAACGUCGCUGCAAGUGCAGAACAAUGGUAGCCAGAACUUUGAGUUCCAGGUCUUGAUGCAUACCUAUCUGAGUAUUGAGGACAUCUCCAAGAUCCGCAUCAACAACCUCGAAUCCAAGACCUACGUCGACAAGGUUCAGGACGCAACCACGCACACCGAAAGCCAGUCCGCUCUGCCCAUCGUUGGCGAAACAGACCGUAUCUACCAGGCCCUGGAACCCACAGUCCCCAUUGUCGUCUCGUCUACAGACGGUAACAAGCCACUCUUCUCCGUUACCCGCGAGGCCCUGAACGACGUCGUGGUCUGGAACCCGUGGAUCGAAAAGGCCAAGGCGAUUGCUGAUUUCAGCCCCGACGAGGCGUACCAGAAGAUGAUUUGUGUCGAGGCUGGUUCUGUCGCUGGAUGGCAGACGCUGGAGGCUGGUGACUCCUGGGAAGGCGGACAGUUGAUUCGGGCUGGACUGUAA